AAGAGCGGAGAGGACGGAGCAUCAGAUCCAUCUAACGCACUGGUUCACCAUCAAAGCCUGCGGUUUGACAGGACUGCAUCCAUCAGGGGGAUUUUUACACGUCCACUCCUGACUCUGAGCUCCCUGUUUUGUUUUGUUUUUUAUAUCGUCUGUGUGGCAUAACCCAGUAAAGAUGUGGAAGGCAGCAGCAGGACAGUCAGUCAAUGUGGCUGUAGAUGAUGGAGGAGAUGACUGGGAGACGGAUCCUGACUUCGAGAAUGAUGUGUCAGAGAAGGAGCAGCGCUGGGGGGCUAAGACAGUGGUGGGAUCAGGGCAUCAGGAGCACAUAGAUAUCCACCGGCUGCGUGAAACCGUGUCAACAGAACACAGCUCCUUGAAGCAGAAAGAGAUGGACGUCAUGCCUAAGGCCUCACAUGGAUAUGGAGGGAAAUUUGGAGUUCAGCAGGAUCGCAUGGACAAGUCUGCUGUGGGUCAUGACUACCAGAGCAAGUUGUCAAAGCACUGCUCUCAGACGGACACCUCCAAGGGCUUCGGAGGGAAGUUUGGGGUGCAGUCAGAUCGCGUUGACCAGUCUGCUGUGGGCUUUGAGUACGCUGGGAAAACGGAGAAACACGCGUCACAGAAAGACUACACCACUGGGUUUGGGGGGCGGUACGGAGUUCAGGCAGAUCGUGUCGACCAGAGCGCAGUGGGCUUCGAUUACCAAGGCAAAACAGAGAAACACGAGUCCCAGAAAGAUUAUGCCAAGGGCUUUGGCGGCAAGUAUGGCGUCGAGACGGACAAAGUGGACAAGAGCGCCGUCGGCUUUGAGUACCAGGGCAAAACAGAACGGCACGAGUCUCAGAAAGAUUACGUGAAAGGCUUUGGGGGCAAGUUUGGCGUCCAAACAGAUAGACAGGAUAAAUCAGCACUGGGGUGGGACCAUCAGGAAAAACUACAGCUUCAUGAGUCCCAGAAAGACUAUAAGCGUGGGUUUGGAGGGCAGUAUGGGGUAGAGCAGAAGCAGGACCAGUGUGCCCUGGGCUAUGAGCACAAGGAGAACCUGGCCAAGCACGAGUCUCAGACAGAUUAUUCCAAAGGAUUUGGAGGGAAAUUUGGAGUUCAGAACGACCGUAUGGAUAAGAGUGCAGGAACGUUUGAGGAUGUGGAGAGGCCAAGCUCAUCCUACCAGAAAACCAAACCUGUGGAGGCUGUUGGCAGCAGCACAGGCAGCAUCAAGGCUCGCUUUGAGAACAUUGCUAAGCAGAAAGAAGAGGAGGACCGAAAGAGGGCGGAGGAGGAGAGGGCCCGUCGCCAGGCGAAGGAGAGACAGGAGCAAGAGGAGGCAAAACGUAAAAUAGAGGCGGCGCCCAAAGCGCCUUCUCCUGCACCUGCCGCAAAUCCCAGUCCCACUGCCAGUCCCACUCCCAGUCCCACUCCUCCUGUGCAGCCGGCCGCUACGGCAACAUACCAGAGUGUUGAAACCCACGAGGAGGCAGCUGAGGAGAACGGACAGCAGCUGUACGAGGCAGAGCCACAAGGCCAGUACUCACAACAGGAAGACCUGUACCAGACACCAGAGGAAACCACUGGAGAUGGUCAGCAGUAUGAUUACGGUGAGGACCUUGGGGUGACGGCAGUGGCUCUGUACGACUACCAAGCAGCCGGCGAUGAUGAGAUCUCCUUCGACCCCGAUGACAUCAUCACCAACAUCGAGAUGAUCGACGAGGGCUGGUGGAGAGGCGUGUGCAGGGGAGCGUACGGCCUUUUCCCGGCCAACUACGUUGAGGUUCGGCAAUGAUGGCGCCCAGCUGACGCCAUCUCCCAUCUCCUUGUCCUUGUGCAGAAGAGGAAGGAGACACCUCAGACACCAUUGUCCUUUCACACUUCAGUCUUUUCUCUCACCUCAUCGUAGUGCUUCGACACUGUGUGAGACUUCCUCAGGUCUCCAACUUUCUUUUGCUCCUUUUUCCAUUUCUUUGUUUCUGUCCAUGCAGCCAUAGACAGGGAGGAAGUGUACAACUGUAUGAGUAAAGAACAUAUAGCGAAUCACUGUCUGGGCUUUAAAAGACACACAGCUUCGCUCUGCAUUUAAAGCUCCAAGAUGCAGCUGGGCUGUUUACCGUCUGCUUCUGCAGAUCCCCAGUUGACUCCACAAACCAUUUACUUCCUGCCUCACAGCCAAACGUUGCAUUUUGAAGCUUUAAAGAUUUGUUUUCCACAUAUUAGCUUUCAUCUUCACAAGUUGUUACUUAUAUACCGUUGCUUAUUGACAUAUUGGAGAGGAAUUUAGUUUCACCAAAGACCAGAGUAAUAACAGAAUCGAGUUCUAAAUGUCUCAAAAAGGGCCUUGUGCACAGGGUUCAGGGUGCUCACUGUUAAGUAGCUCCACUUUGGAUUAUUCUGUAUAUUGAUGACUCUAGUCUAUGUCCAGGACAUCGACUCUAUGGACCAAACAGCUGAUGAGCUCCUCUGCUUCUUGGUCUGUCUGUGUGAUUUUACUGCAUUGCACAGGAGUUUAAAAACUUCCCUCCUAAAUAAAGCUGCACUUGUUGAUUCUUGAUCAAAGACGUGAGCUCGGGUUCAGGUUUAGUUUUCCAUCAUCUAUUUCUGAACACGUGCAUCAGUCUUAGGGUUUUAUUUCUGUCAUUAAUAAGGCGUCUUUCAUUGCUGAUGUUUAGUUUGUUCGCAGAACCGAGGGGCCAAUCAUUUACAACCUGCUGCCAUCUUCACUGUGGCAAAUCUGAACAAAAACACAACAGUUGAUAGUAUUACUUUGCUCCUCUUCAUGAUACUGUUUAUGACUUAAAUCAUGCUUGGAAUCAUGUACAGAGAGAUCUUGAUUUGACGCUUCUGGGGGGAAGAAUAGAUAUGAAAACAUAUUUUUGUUUCCUGUCAUUGUGUACUAUUUGAGUGGAAAAGACUUGUGUAUUUGUGUGUUACUGCCGUGAACGCUCAGUGUGUUGUGUACAUAAACACAUAUGGGGCAUGGUGACGCCUGUUCUACACAUCCCAUCAUGUUCAGUUGAGAGUGUGACCUUUAAGAUAAGUGACGUAUCGGCAGGAAAGAUGACUAGAAAUAUUAAAGAAGAAGAUCUGUUGUAUUUUCAUAACACUAAUUAUUCCUAUCAGACGACUGGUCCAACAAACCACUCGUCUGGGUAUCGAUUGCAGUAGUGUAGCUUCAACAUGAGUGUGUGUGUAUUUGUGUGUGUGAGUUUGUGUGUGUGCGUGUGAGAGGGCUUUCAUUGAAAUCAUCUUAGGGGUUUUAUAAUAAAAAAAAGUGACCUUUUCAAAUGCAUUAUUUUUAUCUGUACCUCAGUUUGCUUGAGUCACAUCAUUACCUGCUUGUUCUUUUUUAGUUUCAAUAAAUAAACUAUUAAUAUUAA